AUGAGUGAUAAACAAAAGGGUUUAAUUGAUGUAGUGGCUGAGUGUUUCCCAAAUGCUUCACACAAGUUUUGUGUGAGGAAUUUGUAUAACAAUUUUAAGGGUGAACACAAGGGGUUGGUUCUAAAAGAUCUGUUGUGGAAGGCUACAAGGGCAACAACUGCUCCUGCCUUUACUAGAGUAAUGGUAGAGAUUAAAGAAGUUGAUUGUAAGGCAUAUGAUUGGUUAGUUGACAAACCACCAAUUCAUUGGAGUAUGAGCCACUUCAACAAUUUUCCAAAGUGUGACCUUUUGCUAAACAAUCUAUGUGAGUGCUUCAAUGCAAGCAUCUUAGAAACUAGGAGUAAACCUGUGGUUACAAUGUUAGAGAAGAUUAGAUGGAAUGACAAUGAGCAAUUUGAGGUUAUAGGGCCAUACGGUGAGCAAUACAAGCUGGACUUGCAAGCUUGGACUUGUGGCUACAGGAAGUGGGAUCUGUCAGGUAUUCCAUGUGCCUAUGUUGUGGCUGCUGCAAAGUUCUUGGGUCAAGAACCAGAAAAAUAUGUUCAUCAGUACUACAAGGUGGAGCCUUAUCUGAAGAUGUAUGACAAUAUGUUGACUCCUAUUAAUUUUAGAGAAAUGUGGCCAAGAACUGAGUAUGCAAAGGUGUUGCCACUUGAUGUGAAAAAGAGAGCUGGGAGGCCUAAGCAAAAUAAAAGAAAGGAGACUGAGGCACCAAUUCAAGGCACAAAGCUAGGAAGGCAGGGCACUAAAAUGACUUGUAAUAAUUGUGGGAAGGUUAAAAGGAGAGUGGUACAAGGAAGUCAGUCAACCCCAUCUCUAAUGAGUUCAACCAGCACACCAAAGGAGGGUCAAAUGAUAUGGAGAGGCAAGCUAGUGUACAAUGCUAAUGGCCUUAAAUCAACAUCCAUUGGACAGAAAGAGGGAGCACCUGGAGCAUCCACUUGA